UUUUUCUUUUCUUUCUAUCUCUUUCCUCCUCCACCUCUUUCCACCUCUAAUAGAGGUGUGGACAAAUAAUUAUUGAAAAAAUACUUUCAUGAACAGAACUGAGCCCUGCCUGAAGAUCUGGUCGAGCGAGUGGAGUUUCACCCUUUCAUUCGAUUCAAGUUGAAAUUGAUUUUGGUUCCCAUCGUCGCUCUGCAGAGAUGUCGUCGUAUGACAAUGUUGUUGGUGGGAAGUUGAAGCUCAAGGGAAAAGCAUUGGAUGUGGCUGGUGGGAUCAAGAAGAAGAAAAAGAAGAACAAGAGAAAUCAAGAACAAUUUUCUCAAGUUGUUGAUGAUGAAAUUUCAGCAGGUGGAAGUACAGAACAAGCAAAAGAGCCUGAUGAGCAAGACGAGAUAAAUGAUGAUGGCAGAUUGAGCGGAGAAGAAAAGACUGCGCAUUAUGAUGAUCAUCUUACACCAGCAGAGAGGCGAUACAUAGAGCAGAGGGAGAAACUUGAUGUCAAUAGAUUGGCCAAGAUUUCUAAUAAAUCACACCGUGAUAGAAUUCAGGAUUUCAACCAGUAUCUUGCAAACAUGAGUGAGCAUUAUGAUAUUCCUAAAGUUGGUCCAGGAUGAUUCAGUGAGGUGUAUAAGUAUGAAGGACAAUCCCCUAUCGUUUGUGUUUGUUAGUCUAAGUUUGAUGCCUUGUGCAUGCACAUUUGUUGUCACUAUACAUUUAUCUUUUGGCUUUAAGUAUGCUAUAUUUCAGGAGACAUUAUUUGAUUUCUUUGCUGUGGAUGGGCAAAUGAUGUUAUUGACUUUCAA